GCAUUAUUAAUUAAUAAAUAAUAAUUAUUCUACCUUAUUCUACCCAUUCAUUUCAUUACAAACCAAUUCUUUAAUAUUUUGUUUUGUGAUUAUUGAAACAUUUGAAACGUGUCUGUUUUGUACACCCUACAGCUCAUAAAAUUAUUUGCGAUGGCUGGAUCUGCUCUAAGACGACUUAUGGCUGAAUAUAAACAGCUGACAUUAAAUCCUCCAGAAGGGAUAAUUGCUGGACCAACCACUGAAGAAAACUAUUUUGAGUGGGAAGCAUUAAUUACAGGGCCAGAAGGUACAUGUUUUGAAGGUGGUGUUUUUCCAGCUAAACUUAUAUUUCCAUCUGACUACCCAUUGAGUCCACCAAAAAUGAGUUUUACUUGUGAUAUGUUUCAUCCAAACAUUUAUUCAGAUGGGCGUGUAUGUAUUUCAAUUCUACAUGCACCUGGGGAUGACCCUAUGGGUUAUGAAUCCAGUAAUGAAAGAUGGAGUCCUGUACAGAGUGUUGAAAAAAUUCUUCUAUCUGUUAUUAGUAUGCUUGCUGAGCCGAAUGAUGAAAGUGGGGCAAAUGUUGAUGCCGCUAAAAUGUGGCGUGAGAAUCGUGAAGAAUUUAACAGAAGAGCUGAAGAGUUGGUUAGGAAAACUUUAGGAAUACCUCCAAGUGAAUGAGGUCAG